AGGGGUGCGACAAAUAUAAGGGUGCGCAUCACGGCAAGCGCGGGUUUGAUAAGCAGUGCACGCGAUUCUUUGCCGUUAUUACCUUCUUUGCCGGUGCUGGUGUGUAUUUUAUCAUAAUCAAUUUCGUUCAAUUAACAGAAACCAAGACGUUUUUGGGAGGGAGGACUAAAUUCUAGCCAAUUGGGCUGGUCAAUCGGGUUAGUUGUUACGUUGAGUUCUUUUGCUGUGGACCGGUCCGUAAGAGCAGUUGAACAUUAUCAGGUCGCAACGAGCAGUAUGCUCGAGGUGUACGUAGCACUUAUCGUGCUAGCAGCUUGUCUGUACUUCAAAUGGAGCUGCAGCUACUGGACGCGAGCAGGAAAUGUGGCCGGGCCGAAACCGUUGCCGAUCUUCGGCAAUCUGCUGGAGCAGCUGACUGGCCAAAAGCAUUUUGGAGAAAUCUUCGAAGAAAUGUACCGGUCUUUUCCGCAAGCUAGCUGGGUUGGGUUUUACAAAUUUUCCAACCAACCAGGAGUGGUUGUGCGCGAUCUGGAGCUGGUGCGAGAAGUGAUCACGAGCAGCUUUUCCUCGUUCAACGCAAACGAUUUCCACGUCGAUGAGAAGGUCGAUCCGUUGCUCGCGUUCAAUCCGUUCACGCAGGUCGGAGACCGGUGGAAGCAGAGACGUGCAGAAAUGACUGCCGUCUUUACGAUGAACCGCAUUCGCAGCACUUUUCCGUUGGUGCAACAGAUAGCCGAGGAUUUUAUUCAGUACAUUGAUCGUACGCGUAAGAUUGAUGCCCAUUUCGAGGCCAAAACCAUCUGCACGUACUACAUAGUUAAUGUAGUAGCUAGUGUCGCGUUCGGCAUCGACGCAGAAUCCUUUACGAAUCCUAACGCAGAGUUUCCACGCAUGGGUCAAGCGUUGUUCGCACCAACAUGGAUGACGGCUAUACGAUCGCAGUUGGCUUUGUUUGCACCAAACCUGGCCAAGCUUCUACGUGUACCAUUCGUUCCCAGUUACGUCGAUCAGUGGUUCAGAAAUAUGGUUAACGAGACUAUACGUCAGCGAAAGCACACGAAACGACAGGAUUUUUUCCAGGCAAUGUAUGACAAUCUGUCCGAAAAUGGAACCGUCGAAGUUAAUGCGAACAGUAUCGUUGGCCAUUCCGUAACGUUUCUGUCGGAAGGCUUCGAAACCUCCAGUACCUUGAUGUCUUAUUUGCUGUACGAGCUUGCAGCCAAUCCGUCAGUUCAAGAUCGAGUAGCUGAAGAGCUGCAAACUGUUUUGGAGGAGUGUGAAGGAAAGCUAACGGAAGCCAGCUUACAUAAGCUAGUCUACAUGGAAGCAGCCAUGAUGGAAACGCUUCGUAUGCACAGUCCAGUAUUUACACUCCCACGUGUAUGCACAAAGGAUUACGAGCUUCCGCCACAGUUUCCUAAUGAUACAAAACGAGUAAUCCUUCGCCGUGGCAUGUCGGUCGUUAUACCGGUAUCAGCCAUCCAUUAUGAUGCGGAGUUCUAUCCACAGCCGUAUGUGUUCAAUCCGGAACGUUUUUUGGAGGAAAAUCGUAAAACUCGACCACGACAUGCAUUUUUGGGAUUCGGAGAAGGUCCUCGAUUGUGCCUAGGAAUGAAAUUUGCGCUGCACCAGACCAAAACAGGCGUUGCAACAUUAUUGAAUAAGUACCGGGUGAAGCUGUCCCCUAAACAGGAGCUUCCCUUGGAAUUUGCCAGAAGCAGCUUUUUAAUGGCUCCGAAAUCGGGUAUAUGGGUUAACUUUGAAGAUCGCAAGUAGAUCGCGUACCAUGCAUCACAUACCUGUGUUACCAAUGACGAAAACUAUUCUUGAAUUAUAUAGCACACAAUGAUAGUAGGAUUUCUUCAAACUGUUGAAGAAACAAUUGAAAUAAAU